CUUGACGUCUCAUGUGCUCCUACGCAUUUUAGGGACUGAAAGUCUCAGAGACUUCAAAUGAGACAGGACAGAAAUGGACUCAGAUGGUGACACUGAGGAGCCCUCAGAGUUGAGGAUUGUGUUAAUGGGGUAUAAAGGAGCUGGAAAGAGUUCAGCAGGAAACAUCAUCCUGAACAGAGAAGAGUUUGACCUGAAGACAACUGCUCAGUGCGUGAAGAGAAGGAGAGAAGUAGCAGACAGACACAUCACUGUCAUAGAAGCUCCAGGAUGGUGGAUCAAUGUUCCUGUAGAAGAGAGCCCAGAGUUACUGAAACAAGAGAUUUUACUCAGUGUGUCUCUGUGUCCUCCAGGACCUCAUGUUGUUCUACUGGUUAUACGUGUGGACAUUAGAUUUAAAGAGGAUGAGAGAAAAGUAUUUCAGGGUUAUGUGGAUCUUCUCGGUGAGAGAGUCUGGAGUCACACUAUAGUGCUCUUCACUCAUGGAGACUUUCUAGGAGACACAUAUAUAGAGCAACACAUUGAGAGAGAAGGAGAGGAUCUCCAGUGGCUGGUGGAGAAAUGUGGGAACACAUAUCUUGUUCUCAACAAUGUGAACAACAGUGAUGACACUAAGAUCAAAGAUCUGCUGGAGAAGAUCGAAGAGACAGUGACAGAAAACAAAGGCUGCCAUUUUGAAAUAGACAGAAAUAUUUUACAGGAGCUGGAGGAGAAAAGAAGAGCAGAGGAAGAGAGAGCAGAAGAACGAGUGAAGAGGAUGAAGAAACAGAGAGAGAUGAUCAGAUCACAGAUGAGUGACACUCAGUAUCUCUCAGAGUUGAGGAUUGUGUUAAUGGGCUAUAGAUAUUCUGGGAAGAGUUCAUCAGGAAACAUCAUCCUGAACAGAGAAGAGUUUGAUCUGAAGACAACUGAUCAGUGUGUGAAGAGACAGAGAGAAGUAGCAGACAGACACAUCACUGUCAUAGAAGCUCCUGGAUGGUGGAGACAUGAACCUGUAGAAGAGAGCCCUGAGUUACUGAAACAAGAGAUUUUACUCAGUGUGUCUCUGUGUCCUCCAGGACCUCAUGCUGUUCUACUGGUCAUACGUGCAGACAUUAGAUUUAAAGAGGAUGAGAGAAAAGUAUUUCAGGGGUAUUUGGGUCUCCUCGGUGAGAGAGUCUGGAGUCACACUAUAGUGCUCUUCACCUGUGGAGACUUUCUAGGAGACAGAUCUAUAGAGCAACACAUUGAGAGUGAAGGAGAGGAUCUCCAGUGGCUGGUGGAGAAAUGUGGGAACAGAUAUCAUGUUCUCAACAAUAAGAACAGAAGUGAUGACACUCAGAUCAAAGAUCUGCUGGAGAAGAUAGAAGAGACAGUGAAACAAAACAACGGCUGCCAUUUUGAACUUUUACAGCAGGUGAAGGAGAAAAGAAGAGAAGAGGAAGAGAGAGCAGAAUCACAGAUGAUGAGUGAGGAUGAGAUGUUUGACACAGUCUCUCUGAGAAGUUCUGCUUAUGGUUCAUUCAGAUCUCGAUCAGGUGUAGACAAAAGUUCAGUUUUUGCAUCAUCACGCUCUAAAGACGCUCCUCUCUUAUUUGCUGGUGGAUCAUACAACAUGAAAUUACAACAACCAUUGAUGAGUGAAGAUGAGAUGUCUGAUUCAGUCUCUCUUGGAAGUUUUGGAUAUGGAUCAUUCAGAUCUCGAUCGAGUGACAACAGUUCAAUUUUUGCAUCAACACGCUCCAGUGACUCCAAAGAAUUUCCUCCUAAUUUUGCAGAUGGGUCUGUGGAACAGUCACAAAUCAAAACAACAAAGAAACCAUCCACGAUCUUAGAAUUAUUAAGAGGUGAUUGUGAAACACCGAAGCUCUCAGAGAUGAGGAUUGUGUUAAUGGGGUAUAAAGGAGCUGGAAAGAGUUCAGCAGGAAACAUCAUCCUGAACAGAGAAGAGUUUGACCUGAAGAGAAGUGAUCAGUGUGUGAAGAGACAGAGAGAAGUAGCAGACAGUCACAUCACUGUCAUAGAAGCUCCAGGAUGGUGGAUUGAUGAAUCUGUAGAUCAGAGCUCUGAGUUACUGAAACAAGAGAUUUUACACAGUGUGUCUCUGUGUCCUCCAGGACCUCAUGUUGUUCUACUGGUGAUACGUGUGGACAUUAGAUUUAAAGAGGAUGAGAGAAAAGUAUUUCAGGGGUUUGUGGAUCUUCUCAGUGAGAGAGUCUGGAGUCACACUAUAGUGCUCUUCACUCAUGGAGACUUUCUAGGAGACACAUCUAUAGAGCAACACAUUGAGAGUGAAGGAGAGGAUCUCCGGUGGCUGGUGGAGAAAUGUGGGAACAGAUAUCAUGUUCUCAACAAUAAGAACAGAAGUGAUGACACUCAGAUCAAAGAUCUGCUGGAGAAGAUAGAAGAGACUGUGAUGAAAAACAAAGGCUGCCAUUUUGAAAUGGACAGAAAUAUUUUACAGAUGAUGGAAGAAAAAAAGCAAGCAGAAGAGGAGAGCGCAAUGGAACGAAGGAAGAGGAUGAGUCAGCGAAGAGAGAUGAGCAGAUCACAGAUGAAUGACUUCCAUCAUCUCUCAGAGUUGAGGAUUGUGUUAAUGGGGUCUAGAAGAGCCGGGAAGAGUUCAUCAGGAAACAUCAUCCUAAACAGAGAAGAGUUUGACCUGAAGACAACUGAUCAGUGUGUGAAGAGACAGAUAGAAGUAGCAGACAGACACAUCACUGUCAUAGAAGCUCCAGGAUGGUGGUGGACGCCCGUAGAGCAGAUAUCUGAGAUACUACAACAAGAGAUUUUACUCAGUGUGUCUCUGUGUCCUCCAGGACCUCACAUUGUACUUCUUGUUAUAUGUGUGGAACAUAGAUUUACAGUGAAUGACAGAGAAGCCUUUCAGGCAUAUGUGGAGCUUCUCGGUGAGAGAGUCUGGAGUCACACUAUAGUGCUCUUCACUCAUGGAGACUUUCUAGGAGACACAUCUAUAGAGCAACACAUUGAGAGUGAAGGAGAGGAUCUCCAGUGGCUGGUGGAGAAAUGUGGGAACAGAUAUCAUGUUCUCAACAAUAAGAACAGAAAUGAUGACACUCAGAUCAAAGAUCUGCUGGAGAAGAUAGAAGAGACAGUCACACAAAACAACGGCUGCCAUUUUGAAAUAGACAAAAAGAUCUUAGAGGAGGCAGAGGAGAGGACUGCAGAAGGACAGCGAGCCAAAGAACGAAGAAAGAAACUGCAUAAAAGCAGAUCACAGAUUAUGAGUGAGGAUGAGAUGUCUGACACAGUCUCUCUGGCAAGUUCUGAUUACGGUUCAUUCAGAACUCGAUCAGGAUCAGACAAAGCUUCAUUUUCUGCAUCAUCAUGCUCUAGAGACACACCUUACAACUUUAAUGGCACAGAAUUACAGCAACCUUUGAGUGAGGAUGAUAUAUCUGAUACAGUCUCGCUGGGAAGUUCUGAUUAUGGUUCAUUCAGGUCCAAUUCAGGAAUAGACAACAGCUCAGUUUAUUCAUCGUGCUCUAAAGACUUGCCUUACAACUUUAGAGAUGGAUCUGUACACUCAACUUCUGAGUCUGUCGAAAAAUCUGGACCCAAAGGAACAAAGAAUUCACCCAUGAUCUUAAAAUUAUUAAAGAGAGGCAAACAGAAUCCGCCAGAAGAGAUUGAACAUAAUACAUUUCUUUAAUGCAAUUAAUAAUAAAGAACAUACUGUGUGAUGCUCACAUAGGUUAUCAUCACGCAAACAUCAGUUCACACUAUUAUUGUAUUGAUUUAUUGGCUAUUGUGUUACGAUUCUGAUUUGAUGUGGGUGAGGAGACAAUGACGAUAUAGGGUUCAGUUGUAUUUAAGUAGCCGAGUACAAGAAUUUAACUGAGACUUUAAAGGUGUCCUGUAACUCAGUGGUAAGAACAUUGCGAUAACAACGCAAUGUUGGUGGUCCAGUGGGUUAAACCACUGAACUGGUAAAUCUAAAGGUUGCUGAUUCGAUCCCAGCAGCCACCAGAAGUGUGUCCUUGAGCAAGACACUUUACUCCAUGUUGCUCCAGGGGGAUUGUCCCUGUAAUAAGGGCACUGUAAAUCGCUUUGGAUAAAAGUGUCUGCCAAAUGCCUAAAAAUGUAAAUGUAAAAAAAAAAUGUUCCCAGGGGAUUCCAAAUACCUAUGUAUAAAUGUAAAGGAUAAUGUAAUGUUAGUCGCUUUGGAUUAAAGUGUCUGCUAAAUGUAAAUGUGUCAGAUUUAUGGUUUUGUGUAAAAGUGUAUAACUUACCUGUCAAAAUCUUCCCUUUUCUAUAAAGACAUCCCAUACAAUUGACAUUUAUUAUCACCUUUAUAGUAAUACAUUAUAUAACAAUUCUCUACUUCAAAUCAUUCCUCCAUUUUCCGCACCUUCAACAUGUUCUCAAUGGCUUAGAUGGAGGAGUUUAGAAGAGAAAAAAAUGGGUAUGGUAUCAGUCAACUACACCUAUUAUUUAUUAAUUUGUUGAUGCAUUAUUUGUUUGAUUAAAUAAAAUGAUGUU